UAUUUUUUUUUUUCUAAUGUUGGUCUUUGUGUUCUAUUAGACUAUUCAUCAAAUAAAACCGGUAAACGUUUCUCAAAACUGCUCUAUCUGUCAAGUAACGUAAAAUGGAACGUUUCGUCGCGUUGCGCAAAAAACACACAGGGUGGAGGGGGGCGCUAUAUAUACAAACAAAACACGUCAAUUUUAUAUAUGUACUUUGCUUUAUCUAUAUAGUGUAACGAAACCUUUGUUUGUGUUCAUCAUCUGGUGCAGUUCUCGUUUGUUUUGAUUAAAUCUGUGUUUGUUUACGUCGGGCAAUGGCCGAGGCACCCGAGAGCGAGCCCGUGCCCUCCGCGAGCACCGAAUCUGAGAUCACAGCCGCCCCUCCUGAUGAGAAAAACGAGGAGGGCCCGCUGCCCGAAAAGCGCAGAAAGUUAGAUAAAGAGACGAGCGAGAAGCUCGAGCACAGGCUGGGCGGCAUCCUAUGCUGCGCGGUCUGCCUCGACCUGCCGCCCGCCGCCGUGUACCAGUGCAGCAACGGGCACUUGAUGUGCGCGCCCUGCUUCACGCACCUGCUGGCUGACGCGCGCCUCCGCGACGAGGCGGCUACCUGCCCCAACUGCCGCGUCGAGAUCUCCAAGACCUCGGCCUCGAGGAAUCUGGCGGUGGAGAAGACAGUGUCGGAGCUGCCUUCAGAGUGCAAAUACUGUGCUCAGGUGUUCCCGAGGCAUUCUCUACAGCACCAUGAGGAGAAGAUCUGUGAGGACAGGCAGUACAAGUUCUCCCAAGUAGUAGUGGGCGCCCCGCGGCGCUCUUGGGGCGGGCUGGGGCGCCUGGCGCAGGGGCUGUACGCGCUCGCGGCGGCGCUGCGCCCCCGCGGCGCCGCCUCCGCCUCCGCGCCUCCCCCACUGCCGCCAAGACGCAAGAGACUGACGGGCUGCCGCUACGCCUCCAUCGGCUGCGGCUGGCGCGGGCCGGCGCACGAGGCGCGCGCGCACGAGGCGGCGUGCGCGCACCCCGGCAAGAGCGCCGCGGAGGUCGUCGACGUGCUCGCCGAGCGGGAGCGGGCGGCUAGGGACGCCAACGCGGUCUACACGCAAGUGCUUGACUUGCUGUCGUAUGAGAAAAUCACGAUAAAUGAUCUGCAGCUAAAACCGUACCGCACAGAAGAAUUCGUCCAUAAACUGUACUAUGAGACGUCUCGCUUCAACGCGUUCGGUCAUCAAUGGGUCGUCAAAGCGUUCGUGAAUCGCAACCAACGCGAUCCUACGCAGAGCACACAGCGGGAGAUUACAUAUCAGCUGAUCCUAAAGAGCAAGACGCUGUCCCCGCUGCACGUGCAGUGGGUGGGGCUGCGCGGGCCGUACGGCGAGGCGGGCGUGCGCGCGCGCGUGCAGCAGCACGUGUUCGCCGACGACGGGCCCGAGGCGCCGCCGCAGCCGCUGCCGCUGCGCGACCACGCCGACACCAACAGGCUGCUCGCCAACAAGGCCAUACACUUCAGGUCCCCGCCUUACAGCUUCGCCUCCGCCGUCCUGACAGCAGCACGUGUUCGCCGACGACGGGCCCGAGGCGCCGCCGCAGCCGCUGCCGCUGCGCGACCACGCCGACACCAACAGGCUGCUCGCCAACAAGGCCAUACACUUCAGGUCCCCGCCUUACAGCUUCGCCUCCGCCGUCCUGACAGCAGCACGUGUUCGCCGACGACGGGCCCGAGGCGCCGCCGCAGCCGCUGCCGCUGCGCGACCACGCCGACACCAACAGGCUGCUCGCCAACAAGGCCAUACACUUCAGGUCCCCGCCUUACAGCUUCGCCUCCGCCGUCCUGACAGCAGCACGUGUUCGCCGACGACGGGCCCGAGGCGCCGCCGCAGCCGCUGCCGCUGCGCGACCACGCCGACACCAACAGGCUGCUCGCCAACAAGGCCAUACACUUCAGGUCCCCGCCUUACAGCUUCGCCUCCGCCGUCCUGACAGCAGCACGUGUUCGCCGACGACGGGCCCGAGGCGCCGCCGCAGCCGCUGCCGCUGCGCGACCACGCCGACACCAACAGGCUGCUCGCCAACAAGGCCAUACACUUCAGGUCCCCGCCUUACAGCUUCGCCUCCGCCGUCCUGACAGCAGCACGUGUUCGCCGACGACGGGCCCGAGGCGCCGCCGCAGCCGCUGCCGCUGCGCGACCACGCCGACACCAACAGGCUGCUCGCCAACAAGGCCAUACACUUCAGGUCCCCGCCUUACAGCUUCGCCUCCGCCGUCCUGACAGCAGCACGUGUUCGCCGACGACGGGCCCGAGGCGCCGCCGCAGCCGCUGCCGCUGCGCGACCACGCCGACACCAACAGGCUGCUCGCCAACAAGGCCAUACACUUCAGGUCCCCGCCUUACAGCUUCGCCUCCGCCGUCCUGACAGCAGCACGUGUUCGCCGACGACGGGCCCGAGGCGCCGCCGCAGCCGCUGCCGCUGCGCGACCACGCCGACACCAACAGGCUGCUCGCCAACAAGGCCAUACACUUCAGGUCCCCGCCUUACAGCUUCGCCUCCGCCGUCCUGACAGCAGCACGUGUUCGCCGACGACGGGCCCGAGGCGCCGCCGCAGCCGCUGCCGCUGCGCGACCACGCCGACACCAACAGGCUGCUCGCCAACAAGGCCAUACACUUCAGGUCCCCGCCUUACAGCUUCGCCUCCGCCGUCCUGACAGCAGCACGUGUUCGCCGACGACGGGCCCGAGGCGCCGCCGCAGCCGCUGCCGCUGCGCGACCACGCCGACACCAACAGGCUGCUCGCCAACAAGGCCAUACACUUCAGGUCCCCGCCUUACAGCUUCGCCUCCGCCGUCCUGACAGCAGCACGUGUUCGCCGACGACGGGCCCGAGGCGCCGCCGCAGCCGCUGCCGCUGCGCGACCACGCCGACACCAACAGGCUGCUCGCCAACAAGGCCAUACACUUCAGGUCCCCGCCUUACAGCUUCGCCUCCGCCGUCCUGACAGCAGCACGUGUUCGCCGACGACGGGCCCGAGGCGCCGCCGCAGCCGCUGCCGCUGCGCGACCACGCCGACACCAACAGGCUGCUCGCCAACAAGGCCAUACACUUCAGGUCCCCGCCUUACAGCUUCGCCUCCGCCGUCCUGACAGCAGCACGUGUUCGCCGACGACGGGCCCGAGGCGCCGCCGCAGCCGCUGCCGCUGCGCGACCACGCCGACACCAACAGGCUGCUCGCCAACAAGGCCAUACACUUCAGGUCCCCGCCUUACAGCUUCGCCUCCGCCGUCCUGACAGCAGCACGUGUUCGCCGACGACGGGCCCGAGGCGCCGCCGCAGCCGCUGCCGCUGCGCGACCACGCCGACACCAACAGGCUGCUCGCCAACAAGGCCAUACACUUCAGGUCCCCGCCUUACAGCUUCGCCUCCGCCGUCCUGACAGCAGCACGUGUUCGCCGACGACGGGCCCGAGGCGCCGCCGCAGCCGCUGCCGCUGCGCGACCACGCCGACACCAACAGGCUGCUCGCCAACAAGGCCAUACACUUCAGGUCCCCGCCUUACAGCUUCGCCUCCGCCGUCCUGACAGCAGCACGUGUUCGCCGACGACGGGCCCGAGGCGCCGCCGCAGCCGCUGCCGCUGCGCGACCACGCCGACACCAACAGGCUGCUCGCCAACAAGGCCAUACACUUCAGGUCCCCGCCUUACAGCUUCGCCUCCGCCGUCCUGACAGCAGCACGUGUUCGCCGACGACGGGCCCGAGGCGCCGCCGCAGCCGCUGCCGCUGCGCGACCACGCCGACACCAACAGGCUGCUCGCCAACAAGGCCAUACACUUCAGGUCCCCGCCUUACAGCUUCGCCUCCGCCGUCCUGACAGCAGCACGUGUUCGCCGACGACGGGCCCGAGGCGCCGCCGCAGCCGCUGCCGCUGCGCGACCACGCCGACACCAACAGGCUGCUCGCCAACAAGGCCAUACACUUCAGGUCCCCGCCUUACAGCUUCGCCUCCGCCGUCCUGACAGCAGCACGUGUUCGCCGACGACGGGCCCGAGGCGCCGCCGCAGCCGCUGCCGCUGCGCGACCACGCCGACACCAACAGGCUGCUCGCCAACAAGGCCAUACACUUCAGGUCCCCGCCUUACAGCUUCGCCUCCGCCGUCCUGACAGCAGCACGUGUUCGCCGACGACGGGCCCGAGGCGCCGCCGCAGCCGCUGCCGCUGCGCGACCACGCCGACACCAACAGGCUGCUCGCCAACAAGGCCAUACACUUCAGGUCCCCGCCUUACAGCUUCGCCUCCGCCGUCCUGACAGCAGCACGUGUUCGCCGACGACGGGCCCGAGGCGCCGCCGCAGCCGCUGCCGCUGCGCGACCACGCCGACACCAACAGGCUGCUCGCCAACAAGGCCAUACACUUCAGGUCCCCGCCUUACAGCUUCGCCUCCGCCGUCCUGACAGCAGCACGUGUUCGCCGACGACGGGCCCGAGGCGCCGCCGCAGCCGCUGCCGCUGCGCGACCACGCCGACACCAACAGGCUGCUCGCCAACAAGGCCAUACACUUCAGACUCAUAAUGUUCCUGACGUCGAAGUGAUCAUUUGUGCCCGCGCUCGACCAGCGGUUCCUGCUGCGCACGCGCCGCAUCCUCCUGCUCGUGCAGCAGUGCUUCCUGCUGGUCGACGGACAACUCGACCAAUAUCAACGGGAAAUAGUUCCGUAAAGCCACAGACAUUUGAAUUCAGAGCCGGAUUUUUUAUUGGAACUUUUUAACUCUUGACUGCCGAAGGCGUCAACUGGCGCACGCGGCUACAGCACGAUAUCAAUCUUCGUGUAUUACGACAAAAUUCAGGAUGACGCGUCGCACACGAUAGGUGUGGCGAUCAAAAGAUUAAUGUAUUUAUAUAGUCAGUAAGUCACGAUCUGUCCGAUAGAACUGACUAAGUUCCCUGAUCAUAGACAUAGAAAAUCUGUCAGUUCUAUCUGGCAUAUAUCCGUGACUUAUCCUUCCGUGAUUGGCCAAUAGAAGGCGCACCCCACAUUACCUGAAAUUAUCACAAAUUAAGCACCAGAAUCUCUAUGGUCACGGAAUAAAUUCCGAUAUUGUCUGUGGCACCUGGUUUUUCUAAGUAUCAGGUGCCAUAGACGAUAUCUGAAUUUAUUCUGAGACCAUAAAGAUUCCGGUGCUUAAUUUCUGACCAUUUAAGCCCGUGUAGGAUGCACCGAAAAUCCGGUUUUAAAUUCAGGCGAGUCUGUGAUGGCCCUAAUACACUUGCCCAUCUGCUUCUGUCCACCUAUUCCCACAGAUUUUAGGCUUUCAAUACUAUCUCCUUACUUUUGUAUGUCUUGUCUGUAAAUAUGUAUGAAGAUUUUAUUUUCAUAAGUCGCUCUCUGGCGCUUAACACAUUUUAUUAGAAACAAACAACUGCUCUGCCGAUAAUAGCAAAAUAUAUAAUGAUGAAUAAUGAUUAUAUAUAAUAUGAAUUAUGUACGUUCCAUUGUCUAUGAGCUUGAUAUUACGGAGCGGAGUUUGCCAAACUACAGUAAAAAAAAAAUAUGUCGUCGCCUUAGUAUUUUAUACAAUGAAGACCUUAUGGCAUUGAACAUACGUUCGAGCCAUACAUUUUUUGCGUACUUCUUUGUUUAAGACACUAUUGCAGGUAUAUUGUGAAGGUAGGAAGUAACUUGUCGAUAUGUUUGUAUUUGAUAACGAAAAACUGAAUGUUAUGUUAAUGUGUAUGUAGUUGUCUAUUUUUUUUUUUAAUCUUGACUGCUGCUUAAAUCAUGGUUCGAAUGACUUCACUCGUUAUACUUUUUAUUUUGUAAAUCAAAGUGUUCGAGAUUAGACUAUAUUUGAGUACAAAUUUAUAUUUAUUGGGAUUUUAUUUUUAGGCUAAUUUCAUGUGUGGAGUCUUAGAAUAAUAUGUUUAUAUGAAAAAUGUAUGGAGAUGGACAGAAUUAUAGAGCUUAAAAUAAUAUCUCAUUGAUGUUAUAUUAUAUUUUAAAUUGUAUAAUGCUUUAUUAAGAAAAUGAUAUUGUUUAUAUUAUAUCGUUUUGAAAGGAGUUCUGUAUCUAAUCGAAUUAUGAGAUUUUAAUUAAUGUUUACAGUUUAUUUUUCGGGUCCUUUUCACGAAGGUGCAUCUAGAUGGCGACACCGGCGUGUUUUUAUCCAGUGUUGCCAUUUUAUAUUGCAAAAGGUUACCUUUUUUAUUUUUCUUACAUAGUCUUUCCAACUGUCAUUUAAAUAGGCAUUAAAUUCGGUCUAUAGAUGGCAACAUUUAUUAUUUGCCUUUUAUAUAAGACUGAAAAGGUUGGGCAGACUUUGUGGUAAAACCUUUGUGAGACGGAUUCGUAUAGAUGUGUGCGUGGUUUAAUGUAUUUACACUAAUAGUGUGUGUGUUCCGAUAGUCGUAACAGAAUCAAUUCGUGUUUAUUCAUAUUUGGCUGCUUAGUGGAUAUUAAAGAGAUAAGUUAUUGAA